UGCCAGCAGUCGGAUGGCGAGGACUGCCCCAGGGGGUUGUUCAGAGCUCCGGACUGCCGGCCGUGUUAUUGUCAUCAGGAUGGAGUGACGGAAGACGUGUGUGAUAGCUCAGGGAGAUGCCUCUGCAAUACUUCACGGUAUGUCUUCAGUCCUCGUGGUGACCUUGGUUGCCAGCCAUGUGACUGUCAUGUGACUGGUUCCCUUGGUCCCCAGUGCGACCCGUCAACAGGGGUGUGCCCCUGUCGUCCCGGUGUAACGGGGAGAAAGUGCGACGUGUGCAUGGAGGGUUUUGCCGGAAUGGACAGCGACGGAUGCAAAGAGGCGGUGGUGGUGAGGGGACUGUUCACUCUGACCACAGUCUCCUACCAGUCCUCGACCUUUGACAGACGAGGCUCUCCAGAUCUCUACCACCUCACCUCCCAUCUCGCCCUACAGCUAAAGAGGACACUGGAGGUUUUCGCCAUCCCUGGGGAGGAACAAGUGAAGAUAACCAGUUUGAAAAACAGUUCAGGAAGAGUGGUCGUCAACUAUACAGUGUCGUCCUACUCGUCCCCACACCGGUCAUCCUCUCCCUGAUGAUCAUCUCCAUACAUUGGCCUCUGUACUACAAUGGGUGGUCCGUUCCGGAUGGGUUGGUGCCUACCAGGUCGACACCUCUUCACACUUCUUACUCACUGACUGCCAGUCAUGUGACCAGGUCAGUAGGUGUGUCCUCACGGAGGCCACGCCCACGAGACCACAGUCCUUUGCCUGUGAUACAUGUCCCGAUACUCAUUCUUUGGAUGGAGUGGUGUGCAGGAAGAACAUCAAUGAGUCGUGUACAGGGCCAGAUGUGGACCAAGAUGGAGCUCCUGAUUCCUGUGACAGCUGUCCCUACCUCUUCAAUCCCUCUCAACGCCCCCACGACUGUGCCACACCCACCGGAGUCUGCCCUGUAGGACACUCCAGUGGAGGUGUCCUGUGGAGUAGUAUCCCCCAACACUCCACUGCAACUGCCCCUUGUGACCCACCCAACAUUGGGUAUGUGAGGAGAGAGUGUGUGGUUGGUGGGCUGUGGGGAGAGGCCGACAGGAGAGACUGUUUAUCUCUCAGAGCUCAGCAGUUCCUCAGAGACGCCGCGUCUGUCCGCCAGAGACAGGUUAUGAAUAUUCAUGAGCUCUUCUACUCCAUGUCGGACGUCGGGUCGUACCUCCGAGGGGGCGUGGCAGGGGGCGUGUCUGGUGGUGAUCUGAGUGCAGUGGGGAGAUAUGUGAGGGAAGUGGCUCAUCAACUGGUGGAGAGUGCCAACCAACAUCCCAGUGAAAACCAGAGACUUCUACUGGAGGCAAUGGCGACAGUCAUCAGCCAUUUUCUCUCUCCCGCCUACGUCUCCUCUUGGACACCCACCAGCUCCGAGUUCACCGGCUUCCCUCCCUCCCUCCUCCCCUCCACCUUCGAACUCUUCUCAACCCUAUUCAACCUCUAUCAGUCGAAGGGCGGAGCCUCGCGACCCCAUCUGGUCGUCAGGACGAUGCUUAACAUCACUACCGCCAAGUUCACCGGAGCUGUCGUCUAUCUGAGUAUUGAGAAUGGGACAACAUCUUCUGUUCAUUUUCCUUCCAAUUGGGAAAAGUUUCAAACAAGCCUGGUCAGAUGUUCGAUGCCAUUGUGGCAGUGUACCCCACCCUAUCCCCUCUCCUCCCUCCCUCGUCCUUUGUCGUUGCCAACGACACAAACAUGACUGUUGCGUCUGCCGUGAUGAGCGUACAGGUGUGGAACGAAGGGGUCGUUGCCCGUGGCAACAACCUCUUAACUCCUGUCCUUAUCACCUUCGCUCACAACAGAAAGGCCCAUGUGUACAGCAAGGACGAUGCCAAGUGUGUCAUCUGGCAAGACACUUCAGGACCUGGCGAGACGCUGUCUUUCGAGGGAUGAAUUUCACCGUACAGUGUCAAAAAUAAGCGUUUCCACUGCAAUUUUUCGGGAAGGGGAUAAGAUUAAAUUUUCUCUGACAAAAUAAUACAGCAAUCGUGGGAGCUUCCCCCUUGCAAGUUUCACCGCUAUGCACGGAAUAAUUAUGUUGGUGUAUGAUGUGUUUUGCAACUUGCAGGGAUGGCUGGGUUGAAGGAGGUUGUGAAGUAAUCGGUGGAAAUGCCACACAUACCACUUGUUCCUGUCGCCAUCUCUCUACCUUCGCCGUCCUCCUCCCCUCCUCCUCCUUCUUGGCAGUGAAGGGGGAAGGAAGUGGGAGUGAUUUCCACCCGGGAAUCUUCACCUAUGUCUGUCUGAGUCUAUCCGUCUUCCUCCUCUUCCUCACAACCAUGGCUCUCUGGAUAAUCAGAUGGUCAUCUGGGAAUGUGCACAGCACAGUCUACAAGAACCUUGUUCUCUCUCUCCUGCUCACAUCUCUCGCCUUUCUUGUUGGCAUCGACAGAACCAACUCUCCGGUGUGGUGUUCAGUGUUUGCCGUUUUCCUGGAUUUCCUCUUUGUCUCCGCCCUCUUCUGGCUCCUGGUGGUGGGUGUGGUCACCGCCCGUCUGUUGCUCCACCCACCUCCCAAGUCAGCCAGCUGUCUCGCCACUGCCUGCCUUGUCGCUGGCCUCUGGACUGUUCCGGCUCUCAUGUGUGUGAUACCAGUGGGCGUGGUUGCCAUGGCUAGCUCCUCCUUCCACCAGGACUUUGGCUACCCUCACUUUUGCCUGGUGGCUCCAGAUAUGGUACUGGUGUUACUGACACCCAUUGCAAUACUACUACUGUUGGUGGUAGUGUCGAUGGUGGUGGUUGUAGUUCUGAUGAAGACCCAAAAAUCAAAGAGGACACCAGGCAGCGACUCGUACAACACGACUCCUGGUAAAAUCGCUGCCUCUCAAAACAGAACCAGACGUCACCUGGGGAUCAUAACGGUGUCCCUCUCCCUCUACCUGGUGACCCUUGGGUCAGGUCUACUGGCGAUCUACGGCCACGCAUUCCCCGGUCCCACCAGCGCCAUACUGGAGAUCGUCUUCGCCAUUUCUUUCACAUCACUCAGCGGAUUCAUGUUUGUCGUUCUGGGACUUAACAAGAAGGUUCGCAGUGCGAUACUGGCAAAGUUGGAGCCAAAGUAUCAGAACAGUUCACUGAGAGCUAUGGCCGACAGCAACUCAUUUUUGACAAGACUUAGAGUUGGGGGAGGAGGAGGAGAAGGGAGAGGAGGAGGAGGGGCGGGCUCGCUGCCUCGUGCUCCACCCACUGGCAGGGAGAGAGGGGGCCAUUACCAGAGACAGCAGAGACUGUUGAACGAGGCAAGAAUGGCGGCUAGGCUAUCACAUGAGCAGGGACCUACUACUAGCAUCGACUUGUUCAGUAUGGAGGCUCAUCCCAGAACUCCACACACAUCUGAGCCGCUAUACUCCCGGAUAGCCGGUGACAGACCUCGCGGGCCAACCUCAACCAGAACCCCACCCACCUCUACACCCGGUCCUCUCCCCGGGACCCAUCGUAGCUCCGCCCACAGGACCUCCGGACCCCGCCAGCCACGCCCAGUACUCCGCCCUCCGAGAGUGGCUCCGCCCUCGUCUGACGCCGAUAUCGAGACUGAUUCAGAAGUAGUGGUGGGUCGUGGACGACGAGCGUGGUAUCACGUCAGUGCCUCUGAGUUUCACGAGCAUGAAGUGGUGCGGCCUGCUUCUGUUGAAAUCAGUUGCACGGCCCACGAAGGAACACCAGAUACAGAUGACUUGUCUCGAAUGGACCCGUCGGGUGUUUCGACUAUAGGGCAGAGCGACGCGGAGGAUGGGGGAAGGACGAGGAGUAGUGACGAUGUGGCAGUGGGGAGGAGAGAGGAUGAAGGGAGGAGAGAGGGGGAGGGGAGGUGGAGCAGGGACAGCGUUGAGGGUUCCCUCUGUGUCCUGACCAGUCACAGUGGUUCUCGGGAGAGAAGACUCAGUCUUGCCGAUGUAGACCCCCACAGACGCUACGACCAGGGAGACACGAGAAACAGCAGUGACUCCCCACCAGAGGUGGCAAGAGAGGGAGAGUUGGACGAUAUAGAGACGCGACUCUCUUCGCCUCAGCCGUGUGCGGACCCGAUGUGGUACCGGCGUGGGUCGGGGUGCGAGGAGACAGGUGACAUGCCUGCCGUGGCAACCGAUGAAGAAACAGGGCAGCAAACUGCCGUAACAGCGUCAGGAAUAGCAGCAUUGUCCUCUCCGCAGAAGUCGGUCACGUGGGCAGAUCAGGAGCUGCGCAGGAGGGGAGUUAACCCACGACACUCGUGCGAGAGCUACACCAGCUCCGUUUCCUCUCGGAGUAUCCAUCUUGAGCCGCCCAGUGCAGCCAGCUCCCACGAGGGCUCCCCGGCCCCAACUCUUACUCCGGGGUACCCUGGCGGGUUCCCGGUGGGCGUGAUCUCGAUGGCCACGCCCCCUAUGACAUCACGGAGACCCGUCCCGGAAGGGGUGGGUGGUGGAGCAGCGGCAGUGGUUAUGUUUCCCCACCAUUACUCGACCGGCAGCGUGCCUCCCCUGUCUUCUACCUCCCUCCUCAGUUCAGGGAGCAGCAGUCAGCAGUCAGGCCAAGGAUCGUCCUCCGUAAUAGCAACCAGACUCGGUCCCCCUACUGCCCAGAGAGGUGUGGCAGCGGGCCAGUCUCCUGGUAAAUCCAACAGACCCUCUCCACCUGGUGACUAUCACAGUAACGGACCCUCUAGCAGUGGCAGUAGCCAAGCCUCUCAACACGGCAGAUCUCGACAUCUCAUCAGGCACAACCCUGACGGCUCAAAGACAGUACAGUCACUAGUGUAGCACCGAAAAAGUGUGAACAAUUUUAAAACCAAUCACAGAUUAUCAGUCACUCGUUAAAAUCACAUUAAUUGAUUCACUCAUCAAUCAGAUUCUUUGUAUGUAUGUAUGUGAGAUGUAAAAUCACAUGUUUAACCAUAA